GAGAGUGUGGCGCGUUGUGUACGUGUGCAGCUUGAUCUGGAGUGCGGCCUGUGUGUUCGAGGAGCUGAAAGCUGCAGUUUUUAAUCAUCAUGGCGAGAUAUAUGAGACCACCAAACACCUCUCUGUUCAUCAGAAACAUCUCCGACGACAGCAGGCCAGAGGAUUUGCGUCGUGAGUUUGGUCGUUACGGGCCUAUAGUAGAUGUCUACAUUCCUGUUGACUUCUAUUCACGCCGACCAAGAGGAUUUGCAUACGUACAGUUUGAGGACGUUCGGGACGCAGAGGAUGCGCUUCAUAACCUGGACAGGAAGUGGAUCUGCGGACGGCAGAUCGAGAUACAGUUCGCUCAAGGAGACAGGAAGACUCCCAAUCAGAUGAAGACGAAAGAGAAUCGCUCUCCAUCGCGGUACGACGACUACGAGCGUGACGGGCGACGCAGACGCUCUCGCAGCCGCAGCUACAGGAGCCGAUCCCGCAGUCCAUCACAUGAGCGCCGCACACGCAGAUCAGCCAGCCCCAGAGACUCUCGGUCACAUGGCAGACACCGGAGGAGCAGAAGCCAUGAGAAUGACAGACACCACUCACGGGAUCACCACCGCAGACGCCACAGAUCCUCCUCACACUCUCCUUCCCAGAAUUCCAAGCACAAGUCAAAGAGCCGUCGCUCUGGAUCCGGCAGUCCGGCAGCAGAAGAGCUGAAGCAUGAGGACGAGACCAGAUCCCGCUCCAGAUCCAGAUCAUGGGCCGGACGCAAGUCAGGUGGACGCUAGCUACACUGCACAGAUAACGUCUCCUUUCUAGAGCACAUAUAUAAACAGACUUAUAUCAAGAAGCAUUUCUAGACAAGUUGUGGUGUUUUCAGAAAUAAUGAAUCCACUUUAAGUGAGUUUUUCCUUAAGACAAGCUAAAUUUGGUAAGUAAAAUAAUCAGUAUCACUUCAUUUUGAUGGUCCCUUUAACGCAAUUCGUUGAAUUUAAGUUGCAUUGCAUCUAAAUACCAACUAAUUCUCAUUAGAUGGUAAGUAGUGUGUUAGGUGUUAGGUCAGGGUUAGUGUAAGUUGACAUGCUCUUGCAAAGUUUCUUAUAGUGAGUUAAAUGUUGAAGGAGCAGAUGAUAAGCAGACAGUCUACUAAUACUCAAAUGAGACGUGAUUGUAAUGUAAUUGUAAUGCAACUUUGUCAACAAAACGUGCAAUAGGGACCAUCAGAUUGAAGAUUAUUUUGUAAGACUUUAUUUUGAAGACAUCUUUAGCUUGUUUUAUGUACAAUAAUCUUGUUUUGGUAUUGAAAUGAGAUUAUUUUACUUGAUGUAAAAAUGAUUUCCUUAGGGUUUCAGAGUUACUGAGUCUAAAUAUCUAAACUUUCUUACAUCAGGAAGCUUUUUCUGGACACGUAAAAAUUGUGUUGUUGUUUUUUCAGAAAUAAGGAGUCAACUUUACGUAUUUGUUUUUACAUGAAACAAGCUAAAUAAUCUCCAGUGGGCUAAAUAAAAUGAUCUUGUUUCAGCUAGCUUGUUUUAAUUGCAAUAAUCUUGUUUUUGAGUUUCUAUUGCGAUCAUCUAAACAUUCUUACAUCAAGAAGCCGUUUCUAGAGCAGGAAGAAAAUAUUGGGUAACACUUUAAAAUAGUGGUCCAUUAGUUAAAGAUAGCUGAUGUAUUUACUAACACAAUUAUUAAUUAAAGUUAUUGAAGUUAAAUAACUUUAGUUCAUGUUAACUCACAGUGCUUUAAUGUUGACAAGCACAGCUGUGGAUGUUAAUGCUUUAGUUAAACUAUGAUAAAUAAAGGCUUAUUCAUACUUAAUGUUAGUAUACACACUAAUGAAACCUUCAUCUAAAUAUUGUGUUUCCUGUAAUGAGUUAAUUAAGUGAGUUUUUCCUUCAAACAAGGAGUAGAAUCAGCAAAUUUGGUAAGUAAAAUGGUCUUAUUAACUAAAACUAAAAACAGUAUUGUUUGAUUUACCCCACUGGUAGAUUAUUUAGCUUGUUUGAAGUACAAUAGCCUUGUGUUUGGGUUGAAAUAAGAUUAUUUAACAUGGUGCAAAACUGCUUUUCUUUCUUAGAGUUUCCAGUCCAAACAUCUGAACAUUCUUACAUCCAAAAGUGAAACAUUAAAAAAACGAGUCCUCGCUGAGUUUCAAACUGGAGCAAGAUUAUUUGAUUUAGCCCACUGGCAGAUUAUUUCAAGUAUUUUCUAGACAAGUGAAAAACAUUGUGGUGUUUUCAGAAAUACGUUUCUCCUUUAAACAAGCAAUAGAAUGUGCAAAUUUGCCAAGUAAAAUAAUCUUACUUCAAUCUGAAAGCAUCUUUAGCUUGAUUUAUGUACAUUAAUCUUGUGUUCAAGUUGCAAACAAUAUAUUUUCUUGCUUGGACUUUCUUGUUUGUAGUCUAAAUAUCUAAAAAUUCUUAAAUUAAGAUGGAUUUUCUAGAUAAAUAUUGUUUUCAAAAGGUAAAAAAAAAAAAUUUAUAUAUAUUUUAGGUUAUUUUACUUUCCAGAAUGGUAGAUUAUUCAGCUUGUUUUGUUUUAAAAUGCAAUUUUUAUUUGUCCAGAAACUGCUUUUUAAAUAGAGAAUUUCUAGAUGUUUGGAAAGAAAUCAUUUUGUUGCCGUGUGCCCCUCUAGCAGGUCAUUUUUCAAGUAAAAAUGAAUUCAAGUGAAAGAAUUCAAGUCAACUGGAAUUAUUUUGUACUUUAUAGUGCAAAACGUUUCUUUCUUACGUGUUUUAUCUUGUUUCAAGAUUGUGUCAAGCUCCAAAUAUCUGUAAGUUCUUCAAUUAAGAAGUGAAAUAAAAACAGAAUACAGUCUUUAGAUUGGACUAAACCAAAUGAGCUUUCUUUUCCUGUAGAACAAGCUAAAUAUGGGCUAAGUGUAAUGGUCUUGUUUAUAGUUUAUCUUUCUGUCCGGGAUGGCAGAUUAUUUUGCUUGUUUUUAGAAAAAUCUGGUCAAAGUCGAGCAAGUUUUUCCUUAAAAACAAUGCAAUUUCUUUUUACUUGUCUAGAAAAUGGUUCUUAAUUUAAGAACUUACAGAUAUUUGGACUGAAACGAGAUCAAAAUAGUAAGAAACUAAAUCAUUUUCUGCAGUCUGCCCCACAGUCUGUUUGUUUAGCUUGUUUAAAGUAAAAUAAUCCUGUUUUUGUGCUAAUAUGAUUUGUUUAUUUGGUGGAUAAAAAAUGCUUUUCUUAUUUGGAGCUUUUGUCUUGUUUUUAGACCAAAUAUGUACAAUUUGUUCAGUCAAGAAGCGUUUCUAGACAGAGUAAAGCAUAUUCAUAACUGAGGUUUUCCUUUAAACACGCUGAAUAAUCUGCCAAUGGUGUAAUAAUCUUGUUUUGAGAUUAUUUGACCAGGAUGGCAGAUUAAUUUGCUUGUUUGUAGAAAUAAAUCAAGUUGAUCAAGUUUUUCCUUAAAAACACGGCAAUUUGUUUUACUUGUCUUGAAAAUGCUUCUUGAUUUAAGAGUUUUUGGAUAUUUUGGCUUGAAACAAGAUCAAUCUUAUAAGAAAGAAAAUCUUGUGCUAAAACUAUUUCACUUCCCUCAUUUGCAGAUUAUUUAGCAUGUUUUAAGAACUGAAAACCAAAUAUUUUUGCUGGUCCAGAAAGUUCUUCUUGAUUUAAGAACUGUUAGAUAUUUAGACUUGAAACAAGCUAUAAAAAAAGAAAUCUGCCAAUGAGGAAGUUUUAAGUAAAAUCAUUUAAUUUCAACCCCAAAACAAGAUCAUGUCUCUUGGCUCGUUUUAAGGACAAACUCAGCUAAUUUUGAUUAUUACCUGCUAGUCUAGAAAAUGCUUCUUGAUUUAAGACUGUUUCGAUGUAUUUGGACUAGAAACGAGACAAACUCAGAUGUUUUGCGGUGUGUUUUCCUCCUUGUGUGUUUGCUCCAGCUCAGCUCUCCUGCAGUGUUUUCUUCUUCUUCUUCUUUCAGAUGUUUUUGUUCUUCUCAGAUCCACAUAUAAGUGAUGCAACCUGUCCGAAAGCUGAUGUUUGAUGCCAAUAUAGAGAUGGCUUUAUUUUUAUAGUCGCUCAUCCUGAACGCCAGCUUGUUUUUUUUGUUUGUCUAAAAUGCAUGACUUUUAAACAUUGAAUUUGGCAUAAAAAGGAGUGUUUACAGCCGUUUAUAAUUACAAAGUUGCUGCGGUGUUACUUUUUAAUUUAAUUUUUAUUUUUGAAAGGUUGUAUCUGAGAUUUCUUUAGUCCAGUUGAUGGUAGCAUCAGUUUAUAUAUCGAAAAUGUAGUAUUUUUGUCAUUGCAAAAUAAACAUGAUAUUAAAAAGUCUCUUGUGAUUUGGAUGAACGAAUAUAACUGAUAAUCUCUAACAUUUAUAGAAAAGAUUUCUUUUGUUAAUGCGUUAAUAUGACCAAUGAACAACAUUAUUAAAUGCUGAUGUUAUGGAAAACCACUAUUUCUACAGUAAUCAUGUGUACAAUUCUGAUUAAAUAAUGAUUAAAGU